AACUCCCUGUAAACCGAAAUAUGUUUCGUGUCAUUAUUUUUUUUUCCCUUUUAAAAGAAAACAACCAGUGCAGUUUUCUUCAGCAAAUUAAAUUUUUCACACGGUAGUUCUUUUUUGCGGCAAAUCAAUGAGAGAUGUCAUAAUUUAUUAUCACGGAAGAUGAUGAAACAAAGAAGGAAGAACUUCCUCGUGAAAUUUGAGAAGGUGGUAAUACAUUUCAGAGGGAAAUAUUUAAAACGCCUACUUAUUACCAAUAAAACACGUGAAAGUUAUUCUGUGAUCAUUUGAUACUGAAAUGAGCAGACAUAACAGUUCAUCUGAGAUGAUCGGCUACCUCCUUCUUGUCGGAGUUUCCGUAUCUGUAGUCCCUGGGGUCGUCUCUAAGUGUUGUCUGCCCCUCCAGGGUCAGACAUACACGGAUGCUUUGACGUCACUCUCAGGGAGCCCACAGGAAAAAAGAUUCACGCAAAUGAUGUUUUCCUAUGAUGCCAAAUCCCAUAAAAUCGCAAGUAUUUAUCUUACUCAGCCUGAGGGAUACGAAGUCAACAUUAUACAAGAUUUCGCAGCAGGCAAGCUAUAUAACUGGAAUCGAACUACUUGUCAUGUAUCUCCGAGUGGUGCCUUUAACAAUAUAUGUAUUCCAGCUGAAGCUAAACCUGUACAAAAGACUUUCAUGGGAGUGUCUCCUGUCAUUAUUAACUUGGACACCUAUAUGAUUUCGCAGAAUAAUUUCACAUUUUUCUACAGAGUUGGAUUAAACUGUACCUAUGUUGAAAUGGGAGGAUUUUCGUCAAAGAUUCCUCAAACUGAUGUGCAGCUGUUGUACGUCUUUUACAACACGACAAUGGGAAUAAAAGAUCGAUCUGUCUUUAUUCCACCAAAGAUGUGCUUCAAAAAUGUCACAAACAUCGACAGAAAACCUUGUUUCCAGCCAAAUCACUUCAUUAAUUAUCUUGGACAUCCAAAUCCCUGUUUCCCUUGAAAUUGUUAGAAAUCUAUUUCCCUUUCCUGUACAUAAUGUUAAAAUUAAAAUUAAUUAACGAAGCAACUUAACAUAAUAUACAUUUUUCCAAAACCAUAUGUGUCCGAAAAUGCUAUUUUGGUUAUUUAGGAUGAACGUAAGAUAUAUUUUUGUAUACAACUUAAAGUCCAUUCAAUCAUACCGCAAACCAUUUCAUA